GCAAGUACGCUAUUAUUGCAGCAUAUUGGCUCUCUUGCCCGCCGUGUUCGACGGUUUUCACGACUGCCCAUGCACACCUGCCUUUAACGGAAGUUUGAGGGGGGCAAAAGGGGCUUGCACCUCCAACUGGCUGAUGCUGCGAGACGACCCAUACGCGGGCGGGGUAGCCGUGCGUCCACCGUGUUGUUUGGUGCGGGAAGCGCCAUGCUCGCAGCCCUGUGGAGCCUGUGAGACUGACAUCACAUCUCUCGAAUCAGGUGUUGACGAGCUGUCUUGACCUCUCCCAGGACGCCAUCAUGCACGAUGCUAGCCGGUGCAUCAGCAUGUCCAGAGAUCGGCUGGAGCCGACAUGUGGCCUUAUCUUCAUAGGGCUAUCGUGCAUGCAGCGGGGAUACUUCCGGCUUUCCACCAUGUAGAGAUGUGGGCGUCUUCCAGAACCAUGACUGCAGCAACUGAACCUUCCAAGGCGCAAUGUCGUCUUUCCUGCAGCUAGAGGGCCUGCACGUCUUCAUUACCGGUGCGGCGGGAGGCAUUGGCAGCGCCAUCGUCCGAGAGUUUCUGGGUCAAGGGUGCAAGGUAUCAGCACAUGAUCUACGGCCCAAUGCCCUCGCUUCGACCACGACUCCAAAUCUGCAAUUCUUGCAGGGCGACAUCAGCGUUGAAGAUUCCAUAUCCACAUCCAUCAAACAAGCCGCAGAAACUUUUGGCCCGGUUCAUAUCCUUUGCGCCAAUGCGGGCAUCACGGAUGAAUCGAACAACUACCCGAUCUGGGAUAUGCCGACCGAAUUAUGGGAUCGAACGUAUGCCUUUAAUGUUCGGGGGACUUACUUGACAAUCAAGCACUUCCUAAAGCAAGUCGAAUCGAGUCAGACUCGGGUCGGUAAAGAGCUGGAUAACGUUAGCAUCAUUGUGACUGGGUCGGAGUGCGGCGUGUUCGGUCAAGCAGGACACGUCGAGUAUGCAUCUGGCAAAUCUGGUCUACAGUAUGGUCUUGUCAGAACUGUCAAGAACGAGAUUGUUAGACUGAAUAGCAAGGCGAGGAUCAAUGCUGUGGCUCCUGGCUGGGUGGACACCAAAUUGAUUGAGGGCCGGCUGGACGAUCCGAAGGAGAUGUGGAGGGAAGCGCAAGCUACUGUUCCACUCAGGAAGAUCGCACAGCCAACUGACGUGGCGAGAGCAGCGGCGUUUCUGGCUUCCCAUCGGGCUGCUGGGCACAUCUCAGGCCAAUGCAUCUCGGUCGACGGCGGGAUGGAAGGCCGAAUUGUAUGGUCUAAUGAGGAAAUCGAGGCGUCACAGUCGACAAAAGACUCAAACAUAGCAUCACUGAGUCGCUCGGAGGCCAUCCAGUCGCACACUCUACCACCAAGCACCAGUAUAGAGCCGGUGACUCUCGUAAAGUCUCGACCCAAGAUCAAAGUUCUCCUCUCCGUCGACUUUGACGCUGUCUCUGGCUGGCUAGGCACCGGUCAGCAUCCGGACAACAAUCUUGCAGACUACAGUGCUGGGUUCUUUUCCGCGUAUGUCGGCGUCCCGCGACUCCUCAAGCUAUUCAAGAAACACAACAUCCAAGACAAAGUGACUUGGUUCGUGCCGAUGCACUCGGCAGAAAGCUUCCCCAAGGAGUUCGCAAGCAUCAUGGACAGCGGAGCCGAGAUCGGCCUCCACGGCUACUGCCACGAGGGCGCACCGCAGUUGACAGCCACCCAGGAGCGCGACGUGCUGGAGCACUGCAUCACCCUAUACACGCAACUCAUCGGCCGCCGGCCCGUCGGCUACCGCGCCCCGCUGUACCAGCUGCGCGAGUCGACCGUGGGGCUGCUGGAAGAACACGGCUUCCUCUACGACUCCUCGCUUUCGCACCACGACAGCAAACCCUACUACAUCCCCGCCCUGCCGCCCAUCACGCCCCCGUCGUACGCGGCGCACGCGCAGGCGCGCGACUGGAUGAAGCCGCUCGCCGCGCCGGGCGCGCCCACGCACAAGACGCUCGUCGAGAUCCCCGCCAACUGGUACGCCGAAGACAUGACGCCGAUGCAGUUCUGGCCGCACACGCCGAAUUCCCAGGGCUACGUCGACGCCCGCGUCAUGCAGAACAUGUGGAGGGAUAAGUUCGAGUGGAUCAGGACCGAGGUCGACGACAUGGGGGCGAGCGACACUAUGGUGUUCCCGCUGGUGCUGCAUCCCGAUACGAGCGGCAUGGCGCACAUCAUCGGCAUGAUCGAGCGGACGAUUACGUAUCUACAGGGCUGGGGCGAGGAGGUGGAGUUCUGCACUUUCGAAAGCGCAGCACGGGAAUGGAAAGCGAAGAACACGGUCGCAUGAGGUUUGUUGUUCAGCUCGCGGGAGUGGAUGUGGUGGGAAGCGCACUAGCGGAUAUUCAAGGUCCCCGGAUUGCGUGAGGUAGUAGUUUGCGAGCCCCCCAGCAUUCGACUCCUCA